CACCUUCAUCCCUUGUUUGCGACGCGAAGAUAUCAUAUGUUACAGAGCCCGCGCGCAAACUCAUCGAAUUAUUUAUGGAAGCCCACUCCUCGGAGCCGGCUACAGAGCCGGUCCGAUUCCGCGCUGGCAAAAAACGAAAGGCCUAUCGCCAACGCGUCCAGGAAGAUGACGCCGCUGUCGCAGAAACAAUACAAUCGCCUCCUACUGCGUCUGCAUCAGAACCCAGUGAUGAGUUCGCCCGAAAGGCUUCAUCAGAUCGCGCCCAAGAUGAAGGAGAAUCUGUUGCUGCUGCGCUCAAGUUGCGCAACGCGCGAAGAGCUCGGCUUGGAGGUGUCGCAUUUCGAAAUACAAACCGCCCAGACGAUGAUAUGAACAACGAGCGUGCUCUUAUUCCACACGACGCAGAUUAUACUUCGAAUAACGAACCCAUUAUGAAAGGAGUUGCAGAUCGAUUUACUCACCAGACGGGUAGACUGACAGAUCUUAAUGAAAAGCAUAUGAUGGAUUACAUAGAAUCCCGACUAUAUAAUCGUGCGGGCGGAAAUAGCUCACAGAACACUUUACCAGCGACUACAUCAGACCCGGCUCGGCAACCUUCUGCAACAACAACAAACCACGAGAGUGGACGGGCAGUAAUGCAGGGCCAGUUGAUGGAGAUCAAUCUCGAUGACCACUCUGCUCGAAGUGAGAACGCUGUUCAGGCAGAUAGUGCUACAGACGGCGGACCAAGAGCCAAGAAGCCUAGACUUAGAAGGGAUGGCAAGCCAUGGCGUCCGCGAAACCGUCGAGAUAGUGACGCCCUCAAACGAGAUCAGAUCGUUGACGAGAUCCUUCAUGAAACAAGACUCGACUUAUACGAACCGACUCCAGAACAAAACAGCCGCACUGUAGUUGCCGAUCAGGAUGGCGCCGCUGAUGCGCGGCUCGCCGAAGAGUUCCGGCAGCAAUUCCUUGAGGAUGUAGCAGAACGACAGCUUCGCAAAAAGAAGGCAACGAACCAAACAACGCGCGCCGGUACCGAGGAAGUACUCAAAGGCCCCAAACUUGGUGGCAGCCGUAACGCUAGAGCUCAGAUGAGAGAUCUAUUAUUGAAGAAAGAGAAGGAAGGGAAGAAGUAGUAUGGACCGUUGAACUAUGUAUGACCUUUUUUUUUUAUCUGUGGUGUUGGAUGGUUCUGGUUUUGCAGCUCCUUUGUACCAGUUAAGGAUUCGCACACAUCGCAUCACCUUAUGAUGAAAGAUAAUCAAUUAUAAACGACAUCUUAAUCUUGUAAGUGUAACCAUAACAAUUCCGUUGAACACUUGCAUUCAUAUUCAUAUUGACUACUUAGUCUGUAAC